AUGGGUGUGAAUUCAGCAGAAUUGUCUAGUUUUGUGGUGCUCGCCUCAGGUGUAAAUGGUCCAGAGUUCAACUCCCUGCUCAUCCCGUACCUUCUUGCCUCUUUGCGACGGAAGUGCGACGAGGCGAAGCCGUCUUGUGAAAAUUGUACUUCUAGCGGCCGCACAUGUGGUGGCUACGGCAUUAAGCUCAUUUUCGACGCGGAUGCCUCGCGCAGCAAAACAAUGCACAAUUUUGGGGUGCGAAACGGUGGGAUCGUGAGGUUCGAGACUGCGUUAUACGACAGUCUCGACAACUUUCUCUCGCCGUUGAUGAGAAACUUCGACAGCCCGUUUGACGUUCCAGCAUUUAGCCUCGACCCGGAGUUUGCAUCGCCAUCUUUUAACACGCCAAACAUCCGCGACUUGAUUAACGGUGACUCCAGUGCCGGGGGUAACCGCCUUAAUAUGAAUGCUGACAACCGUGAGAUCAUGACCUACAUCGACCACACCAACCUCUUCAGCCCACUGGCCGAUACCACGCUUCACGAGGAAAACAUGAUGUUGCGACACUUCUUCAAGAAGCUUCUCCCGUUGCUCGAUGCUCACCCGAACUCGCCCUGGCCGGAGCUCGCGCUCAAAUACUGUGACCUCGAGAUAGCGCGCUCGUGCUUCAUCUCACUCUCGUGCAUGCACUUGUACGAGAGCAAAGGAGGUCGCGACUUCUACAAGAAAGGGAUGCACCACAUGCACAACACGAUGGAGUACUUGAGCAAGUACGUGCGAAGGGACACGGUGAAGAAGGAUUCCAGGAGGGGUUCUGCCUUUAAUGCUGAUCAGAUGGAUGAUCCCCGGAAGGGCUCUGCCUUUAAUGUUGACCAGAUCGUGGGUGACCUCAAGGAGGAGACGCAGAAGAAACAAUCAUCCUUCUUUGUCAUCCUCUUGUUGAUCUACGUGCACAUCUUGUUUGCGGUAUUGGAGAACGGGCGGUCAUCCCUCUCUCGCAUCUUCCUCAAGCUAUUUGCACGGAUUUCUGAGGACCACACGUUUCAGCAGGUGUUGGCCAAGAUUGACCAAUCCCAGUCAUUGAUCUGCGUGCUAUCUUGGUUCGACACCAUCACCGCAGUGGUUUCCCCAGAUUGUCGCCUUCCUUACUGCAAUCCCACGUGGUACGGAGACAAGCACGCGGCGAUCUCGACCUCCCGGAUGAUGGGGUGUCCUGGAGAAAUAUUUCAGUGCAUAGCGGACCUCUGCCGGCUCAAACGCAACAUGAAGUACAACAACCUCACGCGCGAGGAAAUUCUUGGCGCCUUCCAGCUGGUCAAAGCCCACCUCAUUGCUUACCGCGAAUACAUCCCCCUUCUGGAAGACUACGUCAUCCGCCUCAAGUGUGCCCAGUGCUGGUCAUUAAGCACGUACAACGCAUUACUCGAGACUGUCAAGCCCGAGGGGUACUCUGACACCAUCCAUGCUAACCUCCUCGAAUUUAUCUCGGCCUACGACGCUAUAGGUGAGCGUUCGCCGUUGGUAACCCAGAUGGUCUGGCCGCUCUUUGAGAUGGGCUGCCACGCUUCCACCGACUACACACGCGAGACUAUGCGGCGGUGUAUCACGAACUUGCACCGCAACGUCCAGAUGGGCACCAUCAGCACGAUCCUCCGGCUUGUGGAGGACUGCUGGCGCACGGGCAAGCGAUCACUGGAGAUGCUCAGUGGUCGCGAGUGGCUCAAAUCAGGGAUCGACUUUCUACCGGUAUAA